CAGAGCAAGGUCCAGCUUGCACGGCCCAGUCGACCACCUCUCGACACCCUCGAGCCUUCCACCACCAUGGCCACAAAGCUCGCUCACACCAAGACGGCCGACGAGCUCCUGCGCGAGUUCCACGUCGAACCCGAGCGCGGCCUCACCUCGAAGCAGGUCGACGACAACCAGCGCAAGUUCGGCAAGAACGUCCUGCCGCAGGAGGACUCGGCCCCGCUGUGGAAGCUCAUCCUCGAGCAGUUCAAGGAUCAGCUCGUCCUCAUCCUCCUCGCGUCCGCCGGCGUCUCGCUCGUCCUCGCGUUCUUCGAGGAGGGCGACGACAAGGCGACCGCCUACGUCGAGCCCGUCGUCAUCCUCGCCAUCCUCGUCGCCAACGCAUGGGUCGGCGUCGCGCAAGAGACGAGCGCCGAGAAAGCCAUCGAGGCCCUCAUGGAGUACUCGCCCGACGAGGCCAAGGUCAUUCGCGACGGCCGCACCGCCAAGGUGCACGCCGUCGAGCUCGUCCCGGGCGACCUCAUCUCGCUCGCGGUCGGCGACAAGGUGCCGGCCGACGCGCGCGUGCUCAGCAUCAGCUCGGCGAGCUUCACGGUCGACCAGGCGCUCCUCACGGGCGAGAGCCAGAGCGUCAGCAAGUCGACCGACGUCGUCGCCGACGAGCACGCUGUCAAGCAGGACAUGACCAACCUCCUCUUCUCGGGCACGACCGUCGUCUCGGGCAAGUGCCUCGCGCUCGUCGUCGCGACGGGCGUCGAGACGGCCAUCGGCGACAUCCACUCGUCCAUCACGUCCCAGAUCGGCCAGAAGACGCCGCUCAAGGUCAAGGUCGACGAGUUCAGUGACCAGCUCGCGAAAGUCAUCGCCGUCAUCUGCAUCCUCGUGUGGCUUAUCAACUGGCGCAACUUCUUCGACCCCUCGCACGGCUCGGUGCUCAAGGGCUCGAUCUUCUACUUCAAGAUUGCCGUCUCGCUCGCCGUCGCCGCCAUCCCCGAGGGCCUGCCCGCCGUCAUCACGACCUGCCUGUCGCUCGGCGCGUCGCGCAUGGCCCGCAAGAACGCCAUCGUGCGCUCACUCCCGAGUGUCGAGACGCUCGGCGCCACCAACGUCAUCUGCUCGGACAAGACGGGCACCCUGACGACGAACCAGAUGAGCGUCUCGAACUUCGCCAUCGUCGAGAACGGCACGGUCGAGGAGUUCCAGGUCGAGGGCACCACCUACGCGCCGACCGGCAACGUCCUGUCGAACGGCAAGGUCGUCGACGCGCAGACGUUCUCGCGCCCGGCUUUCAAGCGCCUCGCCCAGAUCGCCUCGCUGUGCAACGACGCCAAGAUCGCAUACUCGGACGACAACGGCUCGUACGCGUGCGUCGGCGAGCCGACCGAGGGCGCCCUGCGCACGCUCGCCGAGAAGAUUGGCUUGACCGACGCCGCCAACCAGCUCGCGUCGCUCGCGCCCGCCGCCCGCGUCGGCGCCGUCAACUCGGAGAUCGAGGCGCGCUUCUCGCGCCUGCUCACGUUCGAGUUUUCGCGCGACCGCAAGUCGAUGUCGGUCCUCGUGCGCGAGAAGGAGGCGACGACGGCGGCGCUGUACGUCAAGGGCGCGCCCGAGUCGGUCCUCGACCGGUGCGAGUUCAUCCAGACGUCGUCCGGCCGUGAGCCGUUGACGGCCGCCCUGCGCGCCGACCUCGACCGCGCCAUCCUCGCGUACGGCUCGCGAGGCCUGCGCGCGCUCGCGCUCGCCUACGUCGACGACGUCGACUCGGACGCGGCGCACUACAAGGUCGACUCGCCGACCAAGUACGUCGGGUUCGAGCAGCGCAUGGUCUUUGCCGGCCUCGUCGGCAUGCUCGACCCGCCGCGGCCCGAGGUGCGCGGCGCCAUCGCCAAGUGCAAGACGGCCGGCGUGCGCGUCAUCGUCAUCACGGGCGACAACAAGUCGACGGCCGAGACGAUCGCGCGCGACAUUGGCGUCUUUGGCAAGCAGGAGGACCUCGCGGGCAAGAGCUUCACCGGCCGCGAGUUUGACGCGCUCGACGAGCAGGGCAAGGUCAAGGCCGUCCUCGACGCGAGCCUGUUCAGCCGCACCGAGCCGGGCCACAAGCUCAAGAUUGUCGAGCUCCUCCAGUCGCAGGGCCUCGUGUGCGCCAUGUCGGGCGACGGCGUCAACGACGCGAGCGCGAUCCGCCGCGCCGACAUCGGCAUCGCCAUGGGCAGCGGCACCGACAUCGCCAAGCUGUCCUCGGACCUCGUCCUCGCCGACGACAACUUUGCGACGAUCGAGAUGGCCAUCGAGGAGGGCCGCGCCAUCUACGAGAACACGAAGCAGUUCAUCCGCUACCUCAUCUCCAGCAACAUUGGCGAGGUCGUCUCCAUCUUCCUCACCGUCCUCCUCGGCAUGCCCGAGGCGCUCCUGUCGAUCCAGCUCCUGUGGACCAACCUGAUCACGGACGGCUUGCCGGCUACGGCGCUCGGCUUCAACCCGCCGGACCACCAGAUCAUGCGCCGUCCGCCUCGGUCGUCCAAGGAGCCCCUCAUCAGCGGGUGGCUCUUCGUCCGGUACUUGAUCAUCGGCACCUACGUCGGAGCAGCGACCGUCUUUGGCUACGCCUGGUGGUUCAUGUUCUACGAGGGCGGCCCGCAAAUCUCGUGGUACCAGCUCACGCACUUCCACUCGUGCGCCGAGUCGUUCCCGUCGAUCGGCUGCAGCAUGUUCACCAACGAGAUGGCCAAGCGCGCCACGACCAUCUCGCUCUCGAUCCUCGUCGUCAUCGAGAUGUUCAACGCCCUCAACUCGCUCGCCGAGAACGAGUCGCUGUUGACGCUCCCGCCGUGGAGCAACCUGUACCUUUGCGGCGCCAUCGCCCUCUCCAUGGUCCUCCACUUUGCCAUCCUCUACGUCCCCUUCCUCCAGACCCUGUUCCAGGUCAUGCCCCUCAACGUCGCCGAGUGGAAGGCCGUCGUCUUGAUCUCGUUCCCCGUCAUCAUCAUUGACGAGGUUUUGAAGGUCAUCACCAACACGGUCAUCUCGCCGCCGACCAAGCUCAAGCAGGAGUGAGCGCGUCGCCGAGCCGCCGUCGAGGAGGCUUCCGUGGUGGGCUCAAGCUACGAGGUCGCCGGAGCGGAACCCUGUCGACGGCGCGAGGAGGAGGAGCGCGCGAAAGUGGGAAAAGGGGAGGUCGUUCUCUCUCUCUAGACGCAAAUCUUGUUACUGUCUUCCAAUCGCACACGCAUGUCUAGCAGCU